CGGCAAAGACUGUACCGGGGGGAGGAAAAGGGUCUGGUGGAAGGUGAAAGGAGCUAAUCUACGGAAUGAAACAUCGACGUUUGUCUCUCGAAGUUCGACUGCUGCUCAUCUAACAUUCCUAAUUUUGAACAUCCUCAUAGCAAGAGUCUGACGUACAGGAGCUAAGGAUCCCCGUAAACUUUUAAGGAAGAGAUUCUGUUGUGACUGGUCCGCUCCGUUGCCGGGAGAAGGCCGAGCCUGUGACUGUAGUGACCUCGGUGUGAGAGGAGCAUUUGCCCGUAGUGUGUAAGCAGUUCUCCCUAUGUGUGUGACAAUGGGAGACAUCAGUGACCUGGACCGACAGAUAGAGCAGCUCAGACGCUGUGAGCUCAUUAAGGAAAAUGAAGUCAAAGCACUGUGUGCCAAAGCCAGAGAGAUUCUGGUUGAAGAAAGCAAUGUCCAGAGAGUAGACUCUCCUGUUACAGUGUGUGGUGAUAUACAUGGUCAGUUCUAUGACUUGAAAGAGCUGUUUAGAGUCGGUGGUGAUGUCCCAGAGACAAAUUAUCUCUUUAUGGGAGACUUUGUGGACAGAGGCUUCUACAGUGUUGAGACUUUCCUUCUUCUGUUAGCUCUUAAGGUGCGUUAUCCAGACAGGAUAACCUUGAUCCGGGGAAACCAUGAGUCCCGGCAAAUCACCCAGGUAUAUGGAUUCUAUGAUGAGUGCCUCCGCAAGUAUGGCUCAGUCACUGUCUGGAGAUACUGCACUGAGAUCUUCGACUACCUAUCCCUUUCUGCCAUCAUUGAUGGCAAGAUCUUCUGUGUGCAUGGCGGCUUGUCUCCCUCCAUCCAGACACUAGACCAGAUACGGACCAUUGAUAGAAAACAGGAAGUGCCCCAUGAUGGGCCCAUGUGUGACCUCCUGUGGUCAGACCCUGAAGACACAACAGGGUGGGGGGUGAGUCCUAGAGGUGCUGGAUACUUGUUUGGGAGCGAUGUGGUUGCCCAGUUCAAUGCUGCCAAUGAUAUCCACAUGAUCUGCCGAGCACACCAGCUGGUCAUGGAGGGCUACAAGUGGCACUUCAAUGAGACAGUGCUCACUGUGUGGUCAGCACCCAACUACUGCUACAGAUGUGGUAAUGUAGCAGCCAUCUUGGAGCUGGAUGAGCAUCUACAGCGGGAGUUCAUCAUAUUUGAGGCAGCACCACAAGAGACCAGAGGCAUCCCCUCCAAGAAACCAGUAGCUGACUAUUUCCUGUGAAGUCUUUGAACAGACGGCCAUGAUGUGUUGAAGUCUUCAGUACCAUUUCACACCGGCCACCCUCCAUCCUGCUGCUGGACAGUUCUAUCAGUCUGAACUCAACGCAGUUAGACAGAAAACCUGCCAAACCCCAUGAAGCUCUGUACUGCUUCACUUUGAAGAGCUGGAUUUUUGCCGUACUGCCCAAACCUGACAGAUCAGUCACUGUGAAAGGUGUAGAGGUGAGGUGGAUACUGGGCCCAAGACUGUUUAUCACUUCUCCUAAUCUAUAUGAGAUGGCCAUUCUUUUUCUGCCCUCAGUCUCUUUCCAUUCCCAUCUGUUGUCCUCCUCACUCUGUAGAUAUGACUCUCCCUCCUUGGCUUCACCUUCACCACCCAUUUAAUAUUUUACAUGACGAACAUUAUCAUUUAGUUUUAGAAGUCUCUUUUAAUUAGUAUGCAGAUAUAGGAAGUUUCACAAUUUUACCACUUAAGGAAUUCCUUUAAUGCAUAUGUUCUUUUUUGAUUUUGUAUAGUUGUUGCAGCCAGGAUUAAAUGCAGAAUGACCGAUCUCCCACCACCUUUUUGCUCCUGUGUUUCCUUAACUGUCAUUUGUCAUGUGUGUUACUAUUUAACAUACCUAGUGCUGCUGCCCAACACCAUCACAGAUAAAUACCAGAAAUAUAGCAACUCCCAACAGGAGUCACUAUAUUCAACAUUCUUUUUUCUUUGUUCCUUUUAAUCUACAAACCUCUGUAGGUCUGUCAAUUUUGAUAUUGUGAGAAUAAAGUUUUGUAUCAAUGCUGA